UCUCUCUUUCUCCCUCUCUCUCUCUCUCUCUCUCUCUCUCUCUCUCUCUCAUAUAUGAUCUUCUUAUAAGUGUAUCACUCAUUCAGAAAUGAAACAAUCAAACUAAACUCAUUGCCUUAUCAUCCUAAAAGAUCACAAGUUUAUCUAUACUCAUCAAGGUUCACUCAUCAUUUGUUAAGUGCAACCACAAUGAGUGCCGAAAAUCCCACUUCUGAACCUGAUGAUUGCAGCUCAAACUCCAUCAACUCACCCUCUUAUUCACCUGGCUCAACACAACUUGUUCACAAACCACAAAACCCUAAAAACCGAACCGUUAAGAGAAAACAAGACACAAGCACAAAGCACCCGGUCUAUCGCGGUGUUCGCAUGCGUAAUUGGGGAAAAUGGGUGUCAGAAAUCCGCGAACCAAGGAAGAAAUCAAGGAUAUGGCUUGGAACAUACCGAAACCCUGAAAUGGCAGCGCGUGCACACGACGUUGCAGCACUUAGCAUCAAGGGUAGCUCGGCUAUUAUUAAUUUUCCGGAACUUGUGGGAUUGUUUCCCAGGCCGGUUUCUUCGUCCCCUAGGGACAUACAGGCUGCGGCAGCUAAAGCUGCCGCAAUGGAAAUGGAUUUUCCGACGACACUGUCUUGUACACUGUCUAGUACAAGUACAGUGUCGUCAGAAGACUUAGGGGAGAUAACUGAGCUUCCGAACCUUGAUACAGGUUCGGACUCAGUGGAGUCGAAUAAAGAGGUUGUAUACAUCGACUCAGUGGUGGAGGGGUGGUUGUACCCUCCACAAUGGAUGGAUGAUGGUGGAGAUGGUGAUUGUGGGCUUGUGUCCGGCCAGAAGAAUGAGGAGUCUAGUGAGUUUGAAUCAUUAUUGUGGAAAUAUUAGUAGGUAUUAUGUGUGGUUUUUUUUUGGCUUUCGAUUUAUUCUUUUUUUAACCUCUUUAGUUUUUUGCUUUUGAAUAUUCGUGUCAAAAGUAACAUCAUUUAGUUAUGUAUGUUGUUAAUAUUAUGUGGCAAAAAAAUAAUUAGACCCAAGAUAGCAUUGUGUCGUUCUCUCACAAAAAACGACGAGU